AUGGUGACGUUCAUGCACAAUGGAAACAGUGACGUCAGUUCCGGUGCCAACUUCCUUUACGUCUCUCCCGAAGAUGACGGGUCCUUCACGAUCGACGCCCCUGGUCAUUCUUCUGCUAAUAAAUUGCAUAAAUUUGUGCCCAUUGAUAUUUUGGAUACCAAUAGGACCACGCAGUUCGAGAUACCAGCUGCGUUAGAAAUGUCCGCCGGAACGCUCAUCGAACGUAAAGGAAUCCUGGUUACAUCGUAUGGGAACCUCUCAGUUUACGCAUUCAAUGAAAACCAAGCAGCGAAUAGUCAAGAUGCGUACAACGCAAUACCAAUCGAGGCACUUGGAAAAUUCUACUACGUUCCCACCGUACGCAACAACCCUGCGUUCACGGUUACGGCUGUACAGGACAAUACCACUGUCAACAUUACAUUGAAAACCAAAUGUAGCGUCGAUUGGGAACAGAAAACGUACACUAAUGGCGGAAUUAUCACAGUUCGUCUGGAUAUCUUCGAGGUUUUCCAGUUAUCUCUGAAAGGAGCAUGUGAUCUUGGUGGAACCACGGUAUCGUCUGAUCACCCCGUUUCUGUUACCUCCGGAUCAUCAUGUGCAACCCUCAAGUCCGGCCAGACCUGUUCUCACGUGGUAGAGCAGUUGCUCCCAAACGAGCUCUGGGGCCGAAGGUUCAUAGUUCCUAGUCUAGACGACAUCAACGAGUCUAAGAUCCGGAUGAUUUCAUCCAAGGAGAGUCGAUUCACCGUAGUUACAGAGCAUCACAAAGACGGCACCUCCCACACCAGGACACAUCCAAUAGCUGGCGACCAGGCAAUCGAUAUGGUCGUUCCUCCAGGAACCGUUACAGAGAUCUUUAACUCUGAGAAACUUCAUGUGACCAAAAUUGGCUUGGGGAAUAGUUCUUAUAUAAUAUCCAUCCCACACGUUGAUGGUUACGGUUGGAACUAUACGGUUACUCCUUUGAACAACCAGUAUGGAAACAACUACACCAACUACCUCAGUAUUCUUGCGUAUACUGAUGCACUGGAUUCGUUGACCAUUAAUGGCGUACAUCCCGAGUACCAUCAUUGGAGAAGCGUUGUGGAUCUAGGAUACUCUCAUGGAAUUUUUCUCAUGUCCAACGGUACCUCGUAUCAGAUUGAAGCAUCUCAUCCUUUCAUGGCUCAAGCAUUUGGUCACUCGUCGCACGGAGCUUAUGCCUUCAAUGCAGGGAGUAGAUUUGACCAUUUGCCUUCUGGAGGGUAUAUGAUCCGGCCAGAUCAAAUUCCAACAACGUCAAAACCACACACAGCAGCAUCCCCGAACCCGACUUUUUCUCCGUCUACAACUUCCCUUUCACCCACGUCUACAUCUUCCGCUUCAUCUCCGUCUAUAAUCUCCCAAACGUCAACGUCUGCCAGCAUUACCGGAUGUAAAGAUGACGUACCGAACUGCCAAGAAGUGGACAACACCCUCAACAUUUGUAAAGAACCCGUUGCUGCGUAUAAAUAUUGCAGAAAAUUUUGUAAGCUCUGUGAUUCCCCCGGUAUUAUCGGAUAA